AUUAGCAUUUGGAAUGGAAUCAUAGCUGAGAGCACUAACACACAACAACAUUAUAAAUACCCCGACGAUCUAUGACUGCUCAUAUGCAUCUGAGAUAAAAAUAUAUCUCAUUCUCUCUUGUCUCUGCAUAACCUGCAAACUUCUUCAGUAAUCAUGGCUAAAUCGCAGACCCUCCACAAAUAUUUUUUCAUUUUUCUAGCACUAGUUGCCUACCAUGGUUUCCUUCUAGCACAUGGCAGGAAAAUAAAUAUAAAGCCACUGCCAAACACAAAAACCGUAGCCAAUAAUGUUCCAUUCGGUGAAUACGAGGAAGCUAGAAAAUUGGAAGAUUCAGGUGCAGGCAACACAAAUGCUUUCCGACCCACUACACCAGGAGGAAGUCCAGGUGUUGGCCAUCAAGUAAUUACAUCAAAAGAUAACAACAUGAAAUCAUUGUUAGCAGUUCAGAGCCCAGAUGCUAAGGUUUUCGUGACUGAGGAGUCAAAAGAUGAUUUUAAACCUACCGAUCCAGGUCACAGCCCGGGCGUUGGUCAUGCUGACAAAAACAAAAUUGGACACGACAAUUAAUUACUGCAUGUUCGUCUCAAACUAUAUGUCAUAUUGCUUUUCCUUCUCCACAAAACUAUAUUUCUUAGAAUUUCUCUCUAUUUACAGUUGCAGGGUUAACUUCAUGUGUAAUGCAAAUUGUAAAAUAAAUAAACCAUGUAAUCUAUUAUUUUUA